CUCUUGAAGUUGAUCCAAAUGAUGAAGAUAUCAAAGAAUUAUUAUGUCAAGUAGAAGAGAAUCAAAAUUUCAAAAAAUAAACUGAAAAUAGUAAUAAGUAACAAAGCGAUGUCGACUCAAAUUAAAAAACUAUUUCGUAGAGCACCACCAAAAAUUAAGUUACUUAAAAUCAGAAUGAUAAUUUAAGUGUAAGUUCUAGUAAUAGCUCGAGGACAGCAUAUUCAACUUAAAAAAGUCAACAGUCUUCAGGAGUUUUAAAAGAAUCUAUUGCAUCUGCAACACCUUCGGUCUAAACGCAAAAGUAAGUAGAAACUGAUCUUAUCAGUGCUAAAAGCACACCUUAAACAUUAGAAAAAGUAUAAAAUUUACCUUUAGCUAAUGCAAAUAAUGAUUAAAGCAAAGAAAGCGAAAAUAAAGAAAACAAUAGCACAAAUCAAAUACCAUAACAAUAAUAUGACAAUUAUCAUGAAUAUCUUUUGA